AUGUGGUUGCUAUCAAACGUUCUGUUUGAAUUUACUAUUUAUUUAAUUGUUGAUAAUAUAACAAAAUUUAUUCUUAUUAAUACGAAAAAAGAAAACCGUUUUGAUGUAUUUCUAUGGGAAUGUCUAUUUCUUGGCUUUUCAAUUUGUUUUAUAACAGUUUAUCAUCAUACAACAUUCAUACUUACAGUUUUUCUUCUUCUUCAUAUUAUUGGAAUACUUCAUACAGAAAAACGUCUCAAACUAACAAUAAAUAGGAUUAAAUUAUUUAUUCAUGUUUUUCUUAGACUAUUCCAAUUAACAAUUAAUUGUUUAUACAAUUUUAUUUCAAAUUAUACUCAUCAUUAUUCAUCUUCGAAAGUAUUGAUAGCAAAAAAACUUCCAGAAAAAUAUCUCUAUAGUUAUCAUUUAAAACUGACUAAUGAUCUUCGACUUCAACAGUCAUCGCUUGUUCAAUUGUUACCAAGACCUGGUAUUUUAAAGUUGCAUGAAACAACAUGUUCGUUGAAUAUUCUUUUACAAAGUUUAGCAUCACUCAAUAGCUUUUAUUCAUCGUUACAAAGAAAUAUAAAUCUGUCACGUUUCAAUUAUGAUCCAAUUGUAUCUACUUUCCUUGAUCUUAUUUCUCAAUUACGAGCUAAUCAUCAUACUACUGAAUAUAAACAUGCGAAUACACUUGUUGGCCUAUCAUCAUUUAUCUCAAAACUCAGUACUAUUUAUCCAGACUUGUUAACAAAACCUACAACACCAGAUAUUGCAGAAUUAUUUCAAUGUAUAACUGAUGCACUAAAUCAGUCUCUAUCAAAACAAAAACUAGUCUAUUCAAAAAAUGUUAUUGGACAAGUACACAACCAAAAGUUAACAACAUUGUCACUCGAUUUUCUAAAUAGAAUGUAUAUCGAAACUGAAGCACAACUUCAUAAUAAAGUAACAGUAGACAAUAUAGAUGCACAAACAUCUUAUAUAAUUCAAUAUAUUGAUCUGACAUGGUUACUUCAUCAUAUACAACUUGGUUCCAUUCUAAAGCAUACGUUUUCUGGACAACUACUCCAUGCAUAUUGUUGUAAUAAAUGUUCUCAUGUACGUUUUUGUGCUGAACCAUUUCAAAUAUUGAUAUUGCCCGUUAGUAAAACAACUAUAACUUUAGAACAACUUCUUUCUCAAUUAACAAAAAUUGAAGACGUCGAUUCAAUAUCUUGUUCGUAUUGCUCAAGUCAAACAAAUCAAGAUCUUGAAAGAAAAUCAACAGUAAUUAAAAAUGGAACAAUCCUGACUAAAACUAUACCUACUCUGUCACCUCUUGUAAACACACAUAUUCAACCAUUUGAUCAAGCAGUGUCAUCAACAGCAAAUAUAUCCAUUCCUCUUUCGACUCAUACCUCUAACUUAGCAACAAGUUAUAAGUCUGAUAGAAUGAAAUGUCAAACGUUGAUUGCAAAUUUUCCUUCUAUUCUUCGUAUUCAAUUAAAACGUCUUUUUUAUGAUCCUGUUUCACGAACUACCACAAAAUUAAACACAAAUAUUAUAAUAGAACCUGAAAAAAUACUUGAUCUAUCACAUAUUCAUUACACAACAUGGUUAGGAUUAAUAGAUUCAUCAAUGAUAAUACCUGCACGUUAUCAACUAACCGGCAUAUGUUUAAAUUCAUCAAACAAUUUUCAUUCGUCGUCAAUGAAUCAAACAAAUUCUAACUCUAAACAAUACGUUUGUUUAUAUCGUACAGAUAAUUCACAGUGGUUUCUAUCCGAUAAUGAACAUAAAACAGAAAUCAAUGAAAUUGACAAUAUUUGUCGAACAUUAUGUGUCACAGAAAAUUGCUAUCUUUUAUUCUAUGAGCGAUGCUCAUGA